AUGACUUCCGUCAUUCAAGAUCAGAAGACGGCAUUAAUCACCGGCGCAGCAUCCGGCGUGGGAUUCGCCAUUGCGAGGCUCUGCCGUAGUAAAGGCAUGCACCUCGCGCUAAUGGACAUUGACCAAACCAAUCUGGUCAAGGCCAAGACUUUGCUCCACGAUCUCAAUCCUCACCUUCUGACGGAAGCAUAUGUGAUUGAUGUUGCGGAUGCCGAGAUCUGGAAAGCCACGGCUCAGCAGAUUGCGAAGCUCUUCCCAUCCAUCGACCUAGUGGUGCUGAAUGCAGGGAGAGGAUAUAAAGCACAGGAUCAAGGGAAAGACAAGCUACGCCCCUGGCUGGAUGGCAGCUAUUGGCAAAAGACCUUUGACACCAAUGUUCGCGGGCCACUAAACGGGCUUGAAGCCCUGCUACCCUUACUUCGCACCGCGGAAUCAACAUCACCCAAAGCGAUCGUCAUCACCGGCUCCAAACAGGGCAUCACCAACCCUCCUGGCGGCGGCAACCCCGCUUACAAUGCCUCCAAGGCAGCGAUCAAGAGUAUCGCCGAGCAUCUCGCCCACGAUCUACGCUCGGAUCCAGCCACCGCGCACAUCACUGCUCAUCUGUUGAUUCCCGGUUGGACAUGGACAGGGCUGAUGGGUAACGUGGGACCGACCGAGGAAAAGGACGUGCAGAAGCCCGCAGGCGCUUGGUUCCCCAGUCAAGUGGCGGAAGAGCUCUUGAAAGGACUGGAGACUGGGACAUUCUACAUCAUCUGUCCCGACGGCGAGACCAGUCGCGCUCAGGAUCAGGCUCGGAUGAAAUGGGCCUGCGAGGAUGUAAUUGAGGGACGUUCAGCGCUGUCUCGUUGGGAUGAGAAGUGGAAGUCUCAGGCGGCCGAGUCGAUUGAAGCUGAUGCAAACUCGCGAGGAUCAUCGUAG